CAAAAUCUGAAGAGAAAGUUCUCUGCUGUGGCACUGAGCGGAGGUGGUAGAUGGAAAAUGACAGCAAGUUUCCUAAGAACAAGCCUUGCUUUGCUCUUCCUUGGCCUCUUCGGGGCCCUGGAAGCGACAAUAUCAUGCAGAAAUGAAGAAGGUGGCGCUGUGGAUUGGUUUACCUUUUAUAAAUUACCUAAAAGGCAAAAUGAGGAAAGUAGAAGGACUGGGUUCGAGUACCUGUACCUGGACUCUACAACCAGAAGCUGGAGGAAGAGCAAGCAGUUAAUGAACAGCACCAGGAGUGUUUUGGGAAGGACAUUAGAACAGCUGUAUGAAGCCUAUGCCUCCAAGAAUAACAACACCGCCUAUCUAAUGUACAAUGACGGAGUCCCUAAAUCUGUAAAUUACAGCAGAAAAUAUGGACACUCCAAAGGUUUACUGCUGUGGAACAGAAUCCAGGGGUUCUGGCUGAUUCAUUCUAUUCCCCAGUUUCCUCCAAUCCCUGAAGAAGGCUAUGAUUAUCCACCCACAGGGCGACGAAAUGGACAAACUGGCAUCUGUGUGACUUUCAAGUAUAACCAGUAUGAAGCCAUAGACUCUCAGCUCUUGAUCUGCAACCCAAACAUUUAUAGCUGUUCCAUCCCCAGGUCCAGCUCUUCAGGGACCCCUGCCCGGCACCUGGCCGCACUUCAGUCAGCCCAGGGACAAAACUUCCUCCAUUUUGCAAAGUCUGAUUCUUUUAUUGAUGACAUUUUUGCAGCCUGGAUGGCUCAACAGUUGAAGACACACUUGCUUACCGAAACCUGGCAGAGAAAGAGACAAGAGCUUCCUUCAAACUGCUCCCUUCGUUACCAUGUCUACAAUAUCAAAGCAAUUAAGAUAUCUGGACAAUCUUAUUUCAGUUCUUAUCAGGAUCAUGCUAAGUGGUGUGUUUCCCAAAAGGGCACCAAAAAUCGCUGGACAUGUAUUGGAGACCUAAAUCGCAGCCCAUAUCAAGCCUUCAGAAGUGGAGGAUUCAUUUGUACCCAGAAUCAGCAUAUUUACCAAGCAUUUCAAGGUUUAGUUUUGUAUUAUGAGAACUGUAACUAAACUUGAUGAAUGGACAUAUGUACUAUUAAUUUCAACAUUGACAAUGGAUCUUCUCCCAUUAGAUUCCUUCUGUAUAUAUUAAAGCCUGUGAAUGUACUUAAAAAUCCA